AUGGACGACACCAACAACACCACCUUCAACUCAUCCUCCUCAAACAGCACAUACGACUCCUGGCAGUCCUCCCGGCCCCCCAAAUCCUUCUGGACCAACCUCACCCUUCCCGUUCUCUAUCUCACCAUUCUCAUCGGCAGCCUCUACGCCUUCUCUUCCCUUUACCGCAAACGCAAGCUCCAACGGGCCGCGUCCCUAGAAUCCUGGUUCUCACAACACAAACAGCGCGAUGUCUACCUCAGCCUCUUACACUUGGACCCGGCGGAAGCGAGCGAGGGGGAGGGGGAGAAGAAGUUGAAGCAGGUGCCGGACUCUUUGCUGAAGGCUGCCCUGUUGAGACGGGCGCUGGAGGAUAUACAGCGGAUAGUGCAGUUGCGAGGGGCGAAGCCGGCUUUGCAGACGUUGUUGCAGAGGGGGAGUGUGGGGGAUGAGCUGUGGCAGCGGUUUUUGCGGGCGGAGAAGGAGAUGGAGGAGGAGGUGAAGGAUGUGGUUAAUGAGGCCAACGCUUUCGCGCCUAACUGGGGCCAAACGAUCUUCCAAUCCGCGAACGAGAUGAACCAGAACAUCCUGCUCAAACAGCGGGCCGCAGAGGUUUCAGCGCAAUUAGAGGGUGAGCGUGCAUGGUGGGAAGGGCGACGGGCGGGCAUACAGUCAGACUUUAUGAAGGAGCUGGAGGGCGAGAGCAAACCUGCUGAUGCGGCGCCGAAGAAGACGAGCAGCGACGAUGAUGCGGUGUUGGUGGACGGGGGAGGACCGGGUGAUCAGCAGGGGGCGAGGAAGAGGAAGGGCAAGAAGUGA